GCUUUAACAUUUACAAUGAAUGCUGUUUAGUUUUUAGUUGUUUUGAAAUCAUAUGUUCAAAAAGUGUUGUAGUCGUAUACAGAACAGUAGUUCGUAAAGUACUUGCUACUUAUAACCACUAAAUUUCAGUAAAGUAAUAAAAAUACCGUUGACAAUUUUUUUUGCGCGGGAAGCUAUAUUGUAAUGAAAACUUUUAUUUGCAAUAUAUUGCCCAGUGUAGUUAUUAAUUCACAGUAAUUCAAAAUGACCGACGCACUGAACCAUUUAGUAGUUGAUGGAAAUGAAGUUUUGGAGUUGAAAUUAGUACGAACAGUAAAAGAUAUUGAAGACGAUGAAGCGAGUUUUGGCCCUGAAAUGUGUCACCAAGUAUUUGGGGAGAAUGAAAACAUUUUCGGUUACACGGAUUUGAAUAUAAAGCUCUAUUACAGUGCAGGAAGUCUUCAGACUUAUCUGGGGAUCGAUUAUACAAACAAGAUUGAACCCAGUAAAUCAGAUGGAAUGAAAGCGGACGAUGUAGAGGGUGCAUUAAGAAAAGUCUUAGCACCAGGCUAUGUAACGAAUUUAGAUCGUUUUAUAUCUUUGUUGGGAAAGGAUCGGAAUUUUGUCCCUCAUGGUCAGCUUGAGCAUGCAUUCCCUCUUGAAUCUCGUGAUGGUGGUGAAAAAAGGCUAUUUGAGGUAUAUUACAGUGAAACAUCAACUCCUGGCUUCCUGGCUUAUCAUCAGCGCCUACAAACCUUCCUGCUGUGGUAUGUUGAUGCCGCUUCAUUCAUUGAUGUGGAUGAUGACCAAUGGACUUUCUUUACAGUCUUUGAGAAAUACUGGACUAGUGAUGGAGAGGUGAGGUAUGCUACCGCUGGAUAUGCGACCGUGUAUCGCUACUACGCGUACCCGCGACACACGCGCCCCCGGGUCUCACAGGUGUUAACACUACCACCUUUCCGGAAGCUGGGACUCUGUGCAGCCUUAUUACAGUCAGUAUAUUCUCACUUCAUAUCACAACCUGAGGUAGUGGACAUCACAGUGGAGGAUCCUUCACCGGAGUUCCAGAGAAUAAGAGACUAUGUUGAUGCAAAGAAUUGUGAAUCUCUGUCUGCAUUUCAACCUGCUAAACUAUUACAAGGUUUCUCUCCGGAAAUGGAGAAGCAAGCCUGCAAAAAAUUCAAAAUAAACAAGAAGCAGGCGCGCCGCGUCUACGAGAUAUUACGACUGAAGAACACCAACACAUCCGACAAGGCUGCAUAUCUUAGCUACAGGCUGGAUGUUAAAAACAGACUCAACGCACCAUUUCAGAAAAAGAAGUUAGAAAUGAAAAAGUUACAAAAAGUUCUGAAGUCCGAAGAGUAUAUGGCGACCAUAACAUCGACUGGUGCCAAUGAAACACAAAGCCGUCUCUCCAGUCAGUAUCUGGAUUUAGAGGAAGAAUACAGACGCGUCAUACAUAGAAUGGACCACGAUUAAAUGCAUAAAUGCGACGAAAAAAGUAACAUCUGUUAAGGGAUUGCCAAGACAUGUCACUUUUUUCGUCAUAUUGGCUGAAUACACUUUCUUUUUUUGUUCAAUGUUAUUCCGUCUAUACUGGUCUAUAAUUAUUUGAUAAUUUUUUUCAUUAUGUAAGAUUUAGAUUUAAUGUAACAACUUUUUAGUAAAUAAUAAU